AUGUACAGAGGACACUUCGAGGAAAUCACUGAAAUGACGACGAGGCUGAGGAAUGAGAAUGGAGAGCUGAAGAAACGAUUGACCGAACAUCAGGCAAAGAAUUUCUCUCAUAGCCAAGAGAACAAAUUUUUGCGUUGGGAAAACGAUACUACGAAAUUGGAAUUGGAAAAGCUGAAGAAUGAACUCGAGAAUAAAGACAAGGAAAUCUCGGAGCUUAGAAUGGAGAUCAUUACUCAGAAAUUGGCACAACAAAAGCUCGCGCAGACGACGAAUGCAAAAUUGGAGCGAGUGAUACAGACAACGGCACAGAGCACAUCCACUCAAUUGAACUCAAUCAAGAUGCAGUUUGAGGACAGAGAAAAAGAGUAUGGACUGACGCUGACAAAGAUUCGGAAUGAGAUGGAGUUUCUACAGAAAGAGCUCGAAAGACGAGAGAAUCAAGUGAAUCGUCUCACUCAUCGACUCGACGAAUUAACCAUUGAUAACAAAAAGAUGUUGGAUAUUAAUACGGAACUUCGACACGAUACCGAUGAUGAGUUGGCUGUGUUGAAAUCAGAGAUCUCGAGAUAUCGCAAUGAACUCGACGUGUUGAGAGAUCAAAAUGAGAAUCUAAAGUUUUCUUUUAAAGAGAACACACAACAAGCUUCAUCAACAAAAGAAAGACACGAAAUGGUCACUCAUCAACAACGAUUGGAACAAGCACAAACUCUUAUUAGGGCCCUGAGAGCACAAAUUUACGACCUUCGAAAAGUGACACCGCAAAAUUUGAGCGACAAGUCAGCACUUCGAGAAUUGCAACGCUCAAGACUUGAACUUGCAGAAAUUCGGGAAAAACAUCGACAAGUGGAAAAAGAUUGCGAUGAAGAAAGGCAACAAAGGAUGGAUUUGACGGAGAUUUUGCUGGAAAUGAGCAAAGAUCUACAAGAGAUUAUACAAUGGAGUAAGAUUUUGGAGGCA